CGACCGUCGCCCAGGUUGUGUCGAAAGCAUCCUGGUGUUAGCAGUUAGCUACCCGCUGACAAAAACACAAACUAAGGCAUGAAUAUUUUUACAAUGCGCGAACUAUUAACGCAGCUCUAGCGGAGGAAAGGAAGACAAGGACCUACCCACACCCCACCUUCCAACAUGGUUUGAUAGCUGGCAUGCGAAGAGGCCAGUUAACGUAGCUAACUAUUAGCGCUAGCUAACGUUCAAAGUUUGACGGGCAGCAGCAACAAUUCACUAGCUAGCUGCUAGUUUGAUUGACUACAACCAUUCCGGCUAGCCAGGUAACAUCUUGUUAUUGUAGCAGGUAUGCUAACUAUCUAGCAUCUCGUGUGUGUACUGAGUAAUAACGCGUUUUUUUUUAUCAGUCAUUUAAAACUAGCGUUAUUACUAAGUAACGUCCGCUAACUGAUCAAUAAUGACUGCUGUUGAGCGGCUAAUGCUAACGUUAGCUGUUUAAACUUCACUGUAACUAACACACAAUUACGCAGUGUUAGUGCUGAUUAUCUUUCUCCCAGCUAAUAGUGAAAUUAGGCGAACAGCAGCUAGUGAACAGCUGUAACCCGAAAAGCUACGCGUCUAUGUUUUCUUAUUGAUUCACCCAAUCACAUGAGAUAAAUAAUGCUAAACACCAGGAUGUCAAAUGCAUGGGGAUUAACGUUAAGGCAACAGUAUUGUGUAGAAAACACAGCUGCCCGGUCAUUUCGGUAAUCCUUGUUUUCCUCAUCAUGCGGCUUCAGUAGAUGUUUGUAAUUGCUGAGAGUUUAGUUUAACGUCUUGUAUCUGCCAACACAUUUGGCUACGUAGUUCACCGUAAACAGACUGUAUAGGCUAGAGUCUACUUUUCUUUAAGUUAUGCCUGGGGACGCAUCAGAUAGUAGCGAUGACUCCGAUACCAAAACAAAUGAAAAGGCCUGCACUGUCAAGCAUCAAAUCACCAAUGCUAACCUCACAGGUCACACCGAGAGGGUCGGCAUGGAGAACUUUGAGUUGCUCAAAGUCUUGGGCACUGGAGCUUAUGGAAAAGUGUUUUUGGUCAGGAAGAACACCGGUCACGAUGUGGGCCAGCUGUACGCUAUGAAGGUGUUAAAAAAAGCAGCCAUUGUUCAAAAGGCAAAGACAACAGAACACACUCGCACUGAGAGGCAGGUGCUGGAGCACAUCCGCCAGUCUCCUUUCCUGGUCACGCUCCACUACGCCUUUCAGACGCAGAGCAAACUACAUCUCAUCCUGGACUACGUGAGCGGUGGGGAGAUGUUCACUCAUUUGUACCAGCGGGAUCACUUUCCUGAGGAGGCGGUGCGGAUUUAUAUCGGGGAAAUCAUCCUGGCUCUGGAGCACCUGCACAAGCUUGGCAUCGUCUACCGAGACAUCAAAUUGGAAAACAUUCUUCUUGACAGUGACGGCCAUGUGGUAUUGACAGAUUUUGGGCUCAGCAAGGAGUUUCUGGAAGAAGAGAAGGAAAGGACGUACUCUUUCUGUGGUACCAUUGAGUACAUGGCACCUGAAAUCAUCAGGGGGAAAUCUGGGCAUGGCAAGUCUGUAGAUUGGUGGAGCCUUGGGAUCCUGAUGUUUGAGCUUCUGACGGGAGCGUCUCCGUUUACCUUGGAGGGGGAGAGGAACUCCCAGAGUGAGGUGUCAAAACGUAUUUUGCGCUGUGAUCCACCGUUCCCCUCUAUGAUUGGAUCCACUGCUCAGGACCUGCUGAGGAAGCUGUUGGUGAAAGAUCCCCACAAGAGGCUGGGCUCUGGACCGCGUGGGUCUGAAGACAUCAAAGCACAUCCCUUUUUCAAGGGACUGAACUGGGCCGACCUAGCACAGAAGAAGGUGCAAAGUCCGUUCAAGCCAGAGCUGAAGAGCGAACUCGACGUGGGGAACUUUGCUGAGGAGUUCACCGGGAUGGAUCCCGUCUACUCUCCGGCGAGCACGCCGCCAAGCACUGACCGCCUGUUCCAGGGUUACUCCUUUAUCGCUCCCUCCAUCCUGUUCAACAAGAACGCGGUCAUGGGAGACUUUGUGCAAUCCCAGAUUGGUGCUGAGCGUCCUGCUUCAGCCUCUGUCCAGCGCAGUGCAAUGUUAGAGGAAUCCCAGUUUUUUCAGCACUAUGAGCUGUAUCUUCACGGGCCGCCCCUCGGCGAGGGUAGUUUCUCGGUGUGCAGGAAGUGCCGACACAAGCAGACCGGCCACGAGUAUGCUGUCAAGAUCGUCAGCCGCAGAAUGGAGGCAAACAGCCAGAGGGAGAUCGCUGCUUUGAGGCAAUGUGAGAGUCACCCAAAUAUCGUCAAGCUCUAUGAAGUCUAUACUGAUCAGUACCACACAUAUUUAGUGAUGGAGCUUCUGCGAGGUGGCGAGUUGCUGGAAAGAAUCAAGAGGAAGAAACUCUUUGGAGAGGCGGAGGCCAGUCAGCUGUUACAGAGCCUGGUGUCAGCCGUCAGCUUCAUGCACGAGGCGGGAGUCGUGCAUAGAGACCUCAAACCAGAGAAUGUGCUCUUCGCAAACGAGGGGGAGGACUCCGUGCUCAAAGUAAUAGAUUUUGGAUUUGCCCGCCUGUGCCCCGCAGGCAGCGCCCCCCUGCAGACUCCCUGCUUCACGCUGCAGUAUGCUGCACCUGAACUUUUUGAGAGUGCAGGAUACGACAAAGCCUGCGACCUCUGGAGUCUCGGGGUCAUCCUGUACACCAUGCUGUCAGGCCAGGUGCCAUUUCAGAGCGAGCAGCGGGGGAUGACCUCAUCAUAUGCUGCUGACAUCAUGCAAAAGAUUAAGGAGGGUGAUUUCUCAUUGGAUGGGGAGGCCUGGAAGGGCGUAUCGGAGGAUGCCAAAGAGCUCGUUAAAGGCCUACUGACAGUGGACCCAGAGAUGCGUCUCAAACUCUCUGAUCUGAAAGAGAACAGCUGGCUGCAGGGCGGAGCAUCCAUGUCCACCACUCCUUUGUGCACUCCGGAUGUGCUGGAGUCUAGUGGGCCUACUGUCCGCACCUAUGUCAACGCCACCUACAAGGCUUUCAACCGUGGUAAGAGAGAGGGCUUCUUUCUAAAGAGUGUCGAUAAUGCUCCCCUCGCAAAACGCAGAAAGCUGAAGAUGACAAGUACAGGUGUAGAGACCAGAUGGAGUUCAUCUUCUUCCUCCUCCUCUUCUUCCACAUCCUCCUCUGCCUCUGCAUCUGCAACAGCAUCUAAAACACAGCCAAAGCAAACUGUGACCCCAAAGCAGAGCUAGCCUAAACAGCCGGGGAGAGAACAGAACGAAACGAAGAGGUAUGAGCUUAAACUGGAGACAAGAUGUCCUCCAGUGGUGAUAGGGUCACUCCGUUCCAAAAAAAACCAACCUGACAAACCAAAAAACUGGUUUAGGUUAGUAUUUUGCUUUCAAUUUCGAUUGAAUUCCACCUUUUUACAGCAAAGCACCUUCGUUCAUCAUGCCACAUUCUCCCCAAACCAAACUGUAUUUUCCUUGAGCUAAUGGAAUAGAAGAUGAUAGAAAUCUAGUUUGGCAUCUUUAAGAUGUACAGAAAUCUGUGGCCUUGAGAAAAAUAUUAUUACUCAGUAUUCACUCACCAUAACAUGGUGACAUCACACACUAAAAGUUAAAAAUGAGACAUUUACCUGUUUUCACUGUGGGUAAGAAACAGUGCCUGGCUAUAUAGGGAUAAAGGGAAAAAGGAGCCAUAAAUGAGCAGAAGCCAUAUACAUAUACAUAUAUACAGCAAAGCAGUGAAUAUAUCAAUUGAGCCGUUGUGAAUACACUCAAAGUUGCACAUAGCAAAUGAAAAGUCCUUCCAGGAAUUUGCAGACUCAGUUCUUUGUAUCUUUGUAGAUUGCAUAUAGUUAUUUUGUAUGGAGCCCCUAAAGUCCUGAAAGGUAUUACUUUUUAUCUUGUGUUUACAAGUUAUUAUCCUGUGGGAACAUGUUAUUAUUUUAUUUGCACAAAUUAGCCUGUUAUCAUCUGGAAACAAGUCAGUUAUCUUGUUUACCCAAGUUAGCCCAUUACCUUGUGUUCCCAUCUUUUGGGAACAAUUUAUUAUCUUGUGUACAGAAUUUAUCAUUUUGUGGGAACAAGUUAUUAAUUUUGUUCACACAACUUUUUAUCUUGUGGGAACAAGCCAUUAUUCAUGAGCACAACUUGUCUGUUUUUAUCUUGUGUUCACAAGAUAAUAACUUGUUCCCACAAGAUAGUUCCCAAAAGAUAAUUUGUUCCCACAAGA